AUGGUCGCACCUUCCGACUCAGUGGACGACGCCGUUGCCUCAGGCUUUGCUCUGGUCUGGUUCAGCCUCGGCCUCCUCUUGGGCUUCACAGCCAUCUACGGCAUCGGAGUUGGACUGUCGUUUGCCACCUGCACAAUGAUUGCCGCCGUCGAAGCCCAAAACGACGACCUCGCAGCCGCUCAAGGCACUAUGGCCCAGGCCCGGGUCUUUGGUGGAGCGCCGGGCCUGGCCGUGUGCACCAUCGUGUUCAACAUCAAGCUGCAGAACUCACUGGGCCCUGACUCCAAAUCGAACCUAGGGCACCAGGAGCUGGACCAGAUCCAUCGCAACCUAAUCACCGGGCUUGCCCUCUCGGACGACUUCCGUCAGGAUGUUAUCCGGAUAUAUCUCGGCGCUUUCGGGGACCAGAGCUUGGUUAUACUCGCCGUCGCCGUUGUUGCACUGCUGAUGAGCCUCGGGACCUACAAGUCCGUGCCAAGCCAUGUCGUCGACGUCAUGGUUCAGCACAAGGAGCUCGCCGGCCGGCCGAGCGGCAGGGGAGACGUGGAGUUGUCGAGCGUCAGCAGUGUGCGGUCUCUUGUCCGGUAG